AAUCUACCAUAGUCCACAGGUAUUUGUUUUUUUAAUUUUGGUAACAGUAAAUAUUAUUAUAAAAUAAAAGUAGUUACUUAUCCAAAAGUCUGACUUGUGCUUCAUGACAAUGCCUGAGAAUUAUGGUUGUGAUCAUUGUGAAAAAACAUUUACGAAUCGUCGACACUAUAAUCUGCAUGUUGAUGGUCAUUUGCGGAACAUUUGUCGUGUUUGUGGAUUAUCUUGCAACAGCCGUAAGAUGUUGGUUUCUCAUAUGUCUACAGCCCAUGGAUCCAAAUUGGACCCAAUUGUAUUGGAUUGUAAGUACUGUAUGAAAACGUUUGUUCAAAAACGCUCAUUGUACUUGCAUUACAAAACUGUGCACAAAAACACUGGUACUGUAUGUCUUGAUUGUGGGCAACCAUUUGACAGCAAACAAGAACUUGCUGAUCAUGUAAAAACAAUUAAGCAUGGUGAUGGUUUCAUAUGUCAUAAGUGUGGUGAAGUAUUCACCCGAAGCCAACAAUAUAAAUUACAUUUACAAAGGCAUGAUGCGUACUGUUGUUUCAAUUGCAAUGCACAAUUUGCAAAUUCUAAAAAGUUGAGCAAACAUUUGAAGUUGUGCAUUUCAAUACCACCGAUUGACAACUAUUCUAAAAGUAAACAGUCUACUACAGGUAUUGUUUAUGAAUGCAUCGAGUGCAAAAAAUCAUUUGAGAAAAAAAAAUAUUAUAAACGCCAUAUGAAAACGGUAGUUCACUCUACUAAUAAAGUCGAUAAUCCAUUUUAUUGUGCUCAUUGUCCAAAGAUAUUUUAUUAUAAAUUUAAUUUGUCAUCACACAUGAAACAAGUACAUUUUAAACAGUACAAUAAUUAUAUUUGUAAUUUGUGUGGAAGAAGUUUUCAAUAUGCAAACAAUUAUAAAAGGCACAAAGAUUCCCAUGUACAAGUCAGAAACUAUGUUUGUGAACAUUGUGGUGCUUGUUUUUAUCGCAAACAUGCUUUGCAAGAUCAUCAAAUUGCUAUACACAAUGAAGAAAAAAAUUUUAUUUGUAAUAUAUGUGGUAAUAAUUUUAAAUUAAAAUCCAUUUUAACAAGGCAUAUGAAAAAUCAUUCUGAAACCAAAAAAUAUGUGUGUCAUUGUAAACGUAUAUUUAAAUUUGCAUCCAAUUUACGACGUCAUCAAAUCAACAUCCACAAUCAAGUAUUUACUGAAUCUAUUAAAAUAAAACGCUUUGUGGAAGAUAUUAGUCGUUCAUCUCCAUCAGCGGUCAUGAAUGAAGAAAAAGAAACUCAAAGAUUGAAACAAAAAAAUAUCAAUCACCUUAGAUUAGAAGACACUGUGUCAUAUUCGUUGAUGGCGUAUCCUGAUAACUUAGAUUUAAGCAGUGUUGAUAUAGCAGAAAGUGUACUUCAAGUAGCCUCAGCAUCAAAUUAUAAGAUAGAAUGUGAAGAAAAUUCAUGUUUUCCUGGAAUUCAUCCUCCUAUUGAAACUUCUUUAGUAUGCAGCUUAAAUGAUGGUGUAGAUUUAUCUCCUGAUUCUUCACAGCAAUACUUAUCUGAUUAUGAUGUUCCUCAUCAAUUUCCAUUUCUGAAUAUUUAAAAUAGUUUAAUGUUACAAAAUUGCAUUUAGAGAUAAUAAUUAAUGAUACAACAAAUUUUUUGUAAUUAAAAA